ACUAAUAAACACCAUCCCGGUCAAACCACUGUCGAAAAAAAAAUCCUGAGAUCUCGACAACUUCAUCACACUCGCUCAUAAUUGCCAGAAGAUGCCUCCGAAAUCUUCUCACCAUGUCACGAAAGCUUCUUACUCAGAACGAGCAAAGAAUGCCCCCCAUCCUCUCGCGUCCUAUCUUCUGCGCCUCAUGGCCCUUAAAAAAUCGAACCUCUGUCUCAGUGCUGAUGUCUCAACUACCAACCAGCUCCUCCAGCUUGCAGAUGCUGUAGGGCCUUCAAUUGUCGUUCUUAAGACUCACUACGACUUGAUUGCCAAUUGGGACUAUAAUCCGACAACAGGUACGGGGGCAAGGCUGGGACGCAUAGCACGUCGCCAUGGCUUCCUGAUUUUCGAAGAUCGCAAGUUUGGGGACAUUGGAAACACGGUGCAGUUGCAAUACACAGAGGGGACGGCGAAGAUCAUUGAUUGGUCACACAUCACCAAUGUGAAUAUGAUUCCAGGAAAAGCGGCAGUCAAUGCCUUGGCGGAAGCUGCGGUGCGUUGGAGGGAAAGGAAACGCUACGAAGUCAAGACAGACAUCACCGUAGGCACCCCAAGACCUGAAAGCUUAGAUUCGGACGAUGAUGAUGAAACAAAAACACCAAUGCCAGAGGAUCAUUGCUUGGAAGCGUACAAGGCUGCCAGUAUUGGAAGGAAAGCGAGCAUUGUCUCCAUAACAACUGUCUCACAGCACUUCGAGCCUGCAAACUCGCCUAGAUCCUACGAAGACUUCGGAGAUGAGGUUCUGCCGGGAAUUGAGGAGGCGCCGAUGGAUAGAGGACUUUUGAUUCUUGCCCAGAUGUCGAGUAAGGGAAACUUCAUGACAAAGGAAUACACGCAAGCCUGCGUGGAGAGUGCUAGAGAGCACAAGGACUUUGUCAUGGGCUUCAUCUCACAGGAAACGCUGAACACGGCGCCCGAGGACCAAUUCAUGAGUAUGACACCCGGAUGUCAAUUGCCCCCUGACGCAGAGGACGAAGAUGCGGAUGUCCAGGGUGACGGAAAGGGUCAGCAAUACAAUACGCCAGGAAAGAUAGUUGGCUUGAUGGGAAGCGAUAUUGUUAUUGUUGGGAGGGGCAUCAUUAAGGCCGGGGAUCCCGUAAAGGAGGCAGAGCGAUACAGGAAGAAGGCUUGGGAGGCGUACGAGGAAAGAAUUGCUUGACAGAGUGUGUUGUGGGAGUUGGAGCUUAGGAGUCGGGUGCGUUGAAUAGGGAAAUGGUGUAUACCCGGAUAGGAGAAGGAUCUACUUUCAAGCAGGCAGCCAGUACCUUCACACAGUUCAAAAGAUAUAUGAGCUGUCGUUCAUUACCCUGGUACUGCUGCCAUUCUCAAGGCAGGUACGGAGCCUUGUGCGUUAGCUGGCAGGGAGCUGCAGUGGAAUAUCUCGAACUGCCCCAAGAGCGAGUGCUUCGAAAACGAGCAAGAUAUGGGGAACAGAUUCCAGGGUUCACGUUCUUAUUUCUUGAAUUCCUAUCGGGUCACGGGUGCAUCACGUGCUAGCAGGGUGUUCGCUCAACGGCACUUCCUCUUUCAUUUCCAGGCCCCAUCCUUUUCGUAGCCCCGAAGCGGAACACUCACCAAUCGCCAC